AUGAUGUUCGUUAUUACCUACCUGUUUCUUCCAAUGAAUCGAUUCAGCCAAGAACAGGCGGAUGCACUCGCAGUUGACUUGAUUAACGAUGCUGAUGCGCCCAGAAAACGGAAACUGAAACCCAAACCACCGCUGACCAAAAAGAUGUAUGAUCCGAAUCAGGAUCUCGCCAGAGACGCAAUGGAGAAGAAAAUUGAAACCGCUCGAAAUAAGAUGGAUGAAGUCAUUAAACUCAGUUCACGCGUUGUACUCAAAGACGUAGAGGUCAACAAAGCACCUUUGAGUGAGGUUGUCCCAGAUCUUAUGACGGAUGCCCAAUUACGGGAUGCGGAAGCCUCGAACCUCCGUAGACUUAUCGCACAACCCGGACAGACCGAUGGACGCGGUAUUGUUACCGGUCGGGUCCGAGCACGCGGCGACGGUAUGGGGAGAUUCCGUGGGGGUGGGCAAGAUGGCUCCGACGGUGGACUUCUCGGUGGUGAUGGAAGUGCCGGUAUCGCAGAUCGACUCGGCAUCAUUGAUUUCCUCGAUGAAUUCGGGGGACCCAAAGAGGUCGUCUACUGUCUUGAUAUAACCGCAAGUAUGCAGGCAGCCGGAAUGAAAAAAUUACCAAUCGCAAUAGACUCUCUCAAAGAUUCCGUAAUGAUGUUAGGGAACAAUGACAAGCUGAACAUUGUAGCGUUUUCCGACACAGCUAAACCUAUGAGCGAGAAAAUGCUCCCGGCGAACCCCGUAAACAUAAAACGCGUCUUGAAGUAUCUUGACAGAUUCACACCGCAAAGUAUUCAGGGCAAUCUGGACACUAACAUUCUCUCCGCCAUUAAGUCCGCUUUAACGUUUGAACCCACUGUCGUUGUUUUGAUAACAGAUGGCUUACCACAGGUAGAUGAGGGUGCUUUACACAUCGAGACAAACACACAGAAGAUUCUUGAUAUUGUGCGUGAGCAUAACCGCAACAACGCUAUUAUCUAUGUGGUUGCUCUUGAGAUUGAUUUGAAACGCUCACCCGGUGCAAAGUUGCUUAUUUCCCUUGCUGAGGAACAUGGUGGAAAAAUAAAAGCUAUUGACGGUGGGCAAUUGUUUGAAUUUACAGAACAGGAUGAACUGACCGAUUAA